GUACGCGCGCGUGGGCAGUGGCGGCGGGGAAAGGGUUCGGCGGUGGCGGUGGGGCUCGUCCCGUCCCGUCAGCAGGCGAGGUAACCUCCUCCCGCGGCGGCGGGCAGGCCGCGGGGGCAGCGGCGGGGCGGGCGUGUCCGUGUCUCACGGUUGGGCUGGGGCCGGCAGCCGCGUGGCGGCGGGGCGGGGCGGGCCGGACCGGUGGAGCCGCCGCCGGGUGAGGCGUGGCCGGGCGGGCCGCUACAUCGCUCCGGCUCCGCGCUUGUCCCCGUCGUGCGCGGGGCACACGCGGUGCGGGAAGCGCCGGGGCCGCUCCUCCCGCCCCGUGCUCGCCGGUGGCCCCGCGGGCCGGGCCCGGCUGCAGCCUCGGCGCUCUGUGGAGCGCGGGUCCCUGGGGGACGCCGCCUCCCGCCCGUCCGGUUUGCAGCGGGGACGGCGGGCACUCGUGCUGCUGCGGGUCCCGGCGGUGGUGCCGGGCUUUUAAGGCAGAUUAUAUUCUUAGUGAAACCUGUGAAGUUAUCCGUAUCGCGGUACGUUCUCUGUGCCUCCUGAGAAAGGGCUGAGGCAGCCCGCUGGCGUAGUCCUGCGCGCAGCCGAAGUACCGGUUACUUCAUAGUCUUGCUGGACUGUUCAUGGGAUAAAGUCCAUAAACUUCAGGCUUGUGAACGCUCGGCCCACAGCGGUGGUCUGUCUGCCUGCUGAAAGGAGCUGCACGGUAGCAGUCUUAAAGCACAGAUUUCUUUUUCACUGCUAAAAAGAAACUGCAAUGGAGAGUACAGUAUUGGUCACUUUCCUUGUAUCAUUUUCCAUACUGCUGUGUGAAAGUUAUCAUCGUGGAGUGGAGACAGCUACUGUUGUGCAUACAUUAGAGAGAACUUUUCCAGAAAAGGCAGCUGGCAUUAAUUUUGACUUGGCAGGAUUGAUACAGAGGUUUCACCUCCAAGAACUUUUUCAUCGUUAUGGAGAAAACAACUCUCUGUCAAUUGAAGGGUUUAGAAAGCUGCUCCAGAACAUAGGUAUAGAUAAAAUGAAAAGGAUUAAAAUAGAUCAUGAUCAUGACCAUGAUCAUCACCUUCAUCAUAACCAUGUUUUGUUGAGUAAAAACUCAGAGAAGACUGUUCGUCCAAACCACGAAUCUGAUGCUAACAAAGACCACAGGAACAGUCACUCAAAGGAACCUCAUAAAGUGGAGAAUGUAGAACAUCAGCAGAACUUUGUGCGCAGCAAGAACACAGUUAAUGAAAUAACGGCACCUAUCAUCACUGCGCCCACAGAUGGCCACUCUGAAUUACAGAAUGUGCAACCUGGACAAGUCAAGACAGUCACUCGUUUAAGUCUGACCAGCUCUAAUGCUGUUAAUGUCACAGGUGGCAGCAAUGCAAGCUGGCUUGCUAACAGCAAAGCAAAUGAAUCUCAUACUUCUCCCAAGGAAUCAGAAAGAGGAAGUUACCUGUAUUCUAAAUUGAAACCCCAAAAUACUCAGGAGUGCUCCAGUGCGUCAAAACUGAUGCAGUCCCAUGGAAUAGGCACUCAGGUAUUGUUGACUGCUACGGAAUUUAGUUACCUCUGUCCAGCCCUUAUUAAUCAGAUUGAUGGCAAAUACUGCAUAGUUCAUGCAACUAGUGAAAAAGCUGAAACUCCUCCAAAAGGUUACUCUCUACAAAUAGCUUGGAUUGGUGGCUUUAUAUCCAUUUCCGUCAUCAGUUUUCUGUCCUUAUUGGGUAUUAUAUUGGUACCGCUGAUGAAUCGUGUAUUUUUCAAAUUUCUUCUAAGUUUUCUUGUGGCAUUGGCUGUGGGGACUUUGAGUGGAGAUGCUUUCUUACACCUCCUUCCGCACUCUCAUGGAAACCAUCACCAUCACCACGAAAAACCUCUGCUUGAACAAAACAAAGGCUCUACGUUCAAACAUCUUGUUUUUCAAAGCACAGAGGAGAGUGCUUACCUGGAUUCUACAUGGAAGGGGCUUACAGCACUUGGAGGCUUGUAUUUCAUGUUUCUAGUGGAGCAUUUGAUCACUUUAAUAAAGCAGUUUAAAGACAAGAAGAAAAAGAAAAAAAAUGAAGAUGAUGGAGAAAAUAAGAAGUUUUCAGCAAAUGAAGAAAAGUUAGAUACAGAUGAUCGGCCUGAGGGGUAUCUAGGGACAGACUCUCAAGAGCCAUCGCCCUUCAUUUCUCAGCAGCCAAUUGUACAAGAAGAAGAAGAAGUGAUGAUAGCUCAUUCUCGUCAAGAGGAGAAUGACAAUGAAUAUGUUUCUAGGGGCUGUAGAAACAAAUGUCAUUCUCACUUACAUGAUACUCUAGGACAGACAGAUCAUCUUAGUCAUCACCACCAUGACUACCAUCAUAUUCUGCAUCACCAUCAUCAUCAGAACCAUCAUCCCCACAGUCACAGUCAGCGCUACUCGCGUGAAGAACUGAAGGAUGCGGGGAUAGCAACUCUGGCAUGGAUGGUGAUUAUGGGAGAUGGACUGCACAAUUUUAGCGAUGGCCUAGCAAUUGGAGCAGCCUUCACUGAAGGGUUAUCUAGUGGUUUAAGCACUUCUGUGGCUGUAUUUUGCCAUGAAUUACCUCAUGAGCUAGGAGAUUUCGCUGUACUUCUAAAAGCUGGUAUGACUGUCAAGCAAGCUGUGCUCUAUAAUGCUCUGUCAGCUAUGCUGGCCUAUCUGGGAAUGGCGACCGGGAUUCUUAUCGGUCAUUAUGCAGACAAUGUUUCAAUGUGGAUAUUUGCACUUACUGCCGGCUUGUUCAUGUAUGUGGCUCUUGUGGAUAUGGUGCCUGAAAUGCUCCACAAUGACGCCAGUGAUCAUGGAUGUAGCCGCUGGGGAUACUUCCUGUUACAGAACGCUGGCAUUCUGUUGGGUUUUGGGAUAAUGCUGCUCAUCUCUGUAUUCGAACAUAAGAUUGUAUUCAGCAUAAACCUAUAAUCCUGGUUGCCAGGAAGAGAGCUUGGUGUUAAAUUAUAAGUGGUAGGUUUUCUCUAUUAAAUUCCCUAAUGGAGAGGUACAUUUGAUAUAGACUAGGUAUUUUUAUUGGUGUGCUGCUUUGUUGGUGUGUCCCUCCCUUCUCCCAUGAUAGAAAUGAACACUGCAAGGUUUUUUCACUUAGGAUUUAGCAUUGCAUACGGUACUGUGGAAAGUUGUACUUAGUAAAAUAUGGUGAAAGUGCCAAAUCUGUUAAAGGGGUAUUGCCUGGGGGGUUAGGGGUUUUUUUUUUUAGUAAAUUUAUUUACUGUAUGUGACUACAUGUAACAUGGCGGUUUUUUACUUCAAUGGUUUUGUUGGUUUAAAGAAAUAAAAUGACAGUGGUUUUUAUUUUAGCACAAUCAAAAUCAGUGGAUACAAAGCACAGUGAGGAGUGUAAAACAAGACAGGCAUGUAAUGGGUGUAGCAUGUGUUUAUAUUGGUAGAAACUCAUCUCUUCUAUAUCGACCUGGUUUACAUGGAGUGGCAGAUGAGUCCACUCAAUCCUUUUUGUGGUGGUUCUUCUCUCAAUAGCUUGUGGAUUCUUGGUGUCUUACUCCAGUUGGUUUCUAGUCCAAAUUCUUGUGAAAUCCUGUUUUAAGUGUUUGCACCAAAUGUUUUACCCGUUUCAUCCCUUCUGAUGCAAGUUGCUCUUCACCGAUUUCUCAAAUCAGCAGCAGAAGUACAGCUAUGAAAUUGUAAAAGCAUUGCUCUAGCAUGUGUGAAUUCCAUCAAAAAGACUUUUUAGUGCUAUAUCCCACUUAUGCUGCCAAAUGGCAGAGGUGUAUUAAAGUGUGUUUGAUAUCAAAGGGAGGAGUGCUACAGCCUGCAACAAAAAGUCACUUACUACACCAGCUUUAAGUAUUGAUUUAUUUGGGGAAAUGAACAGGGUAGGAGAGCUGACUACUUCUAGUUCAGUGUGGUUGCACAUGAUAAACAUAUGCUUGCAAAAUGGUUACAUUCUUUGCAACAACUAAAGCUAAAGAGUCCAAAAUAGCAAAAUUUCUUUGACAGCAUAUGUAGGGAAGCAGCAUAUUAAAGGUAAUAAUAAGCCUGUAUGGAAGUAUGUAGUUUGAGCUUGCAGUCUUAAUAUUUUAACCACCCUGAAAGCAACUGAAGGAAGAAGGGUGAAAAAGACAAUGGCAAAAAUAAUUCUGCAUUUGCAGGAAAAGUGAACAUUAGAGAAUUUCUGUAAAAUAAGUAACAGAUUUAUGCUACUUUAGCUAGCUUUAAAAGUCCCAGAAAUAAACCAAUUAGAACUUACUUCUGAUUCAACUAUACCACUUCUUCAAAUCAUCAGCUGAAUAAAAAGCUUGAAUAAAGAGGAAGUGUUUGAUAAUACCACGUCUGACAGGUUAAAACAGUCUGGCCUAUGUUGGUCUGUCAUAAAAUGAAAGCCAAAACUACUGUAUCACCUCAGAAACAGAUGUUUGGAGUGAAUUGAGAGGUUUGUGCCUAGGCUUGGGGUGUUUUUACUAGUUAAGAAAUGGAGAUCACAGUAGUUUCUGCAGCCAGUGGAAUAUUAGCUUUUCUUCCUCCUUCAGUCUUUCCUCAGGUCAACUGGGAUUUGAUCUUUGUCCCACAGUGAUGAAAUCCUGUUCCUUGCCUCCUUUGAAGUCAGGGGGUAGAGAAAGGUGUACUUCCUUCAGCUCUGCUAAUGCAUCCUGUGCUGGGGUCUUACCAGCUCCCCCAGAUCUGUGUGUGUAUGAACCUGUAUCUCUUUGCUUGGUCAGCAGUUGUUUGGAGAACAGCCUUCUCUUGGAAGCACUCAUUUUCUUUUCCCUGACUUACUUUCCAUCGCUAGAAACUACUCUGGUGCUGGGCAUGCAUCUCUAAUGAGAACACUGACAAAAUAUUGGUAGGUAUGUUCCUUCCCUUCAUUGAGCACUUUAUAUUUUGUGUUUCUUUUACUCUAUGCUGUUGCAUAUUCAUUAAGCCUCUGGGCUUUUGUUAGAAGCACACCUCUGAACCAAGGGCAGAUGCAGUCUGCCAGAGGAGUUCUUCAAUUGAGGUGCAGAAGGGUCAUGUCAUGGUACAACAGCCAUCUGCUAUGUUCUCAUAGCAUCUCCUUGAUCAUCUAUCCUGUGCUCUUUUUCGUAUAGCAGUUGUAUUCUAACAUUCCCAAGCUUGAAUUGGUAGUAUCUGUGAGGAUGAUGAAAAAUGGAUAUAUAUGCUUCUGUAUCUUCCGUGCUUUUAAACUGUUAGUUCAUUUGAACUGUCUCUUAACAGUAACUUCUAUUUUUUUUUUCCAGAUUAUCUUAAUUCUUAUGGCACUCUGCCCUUACCAGUGCUAUGACUGUUUCCUGACUUUGUAGCCAAAACUAUGGCUAAAACCCAGCUGCUGAUCUUCAUCUUUCUUUUGCUUGAAUACCAGAAUGUUUGGCUCAUUGGAAGCUGUGAAGUUGCUGGUGUGUGCAUGUCACUGCUUGCUUUAGAAAAACAAAAAGUUCAAGCCCACCCCAACACAACCUGUCAAAACUGACUUUUUCAUGCCUUGACUACUGCAUUUUCCUGUACUGACCUCCCAUCUUGGCAGUUCCACCUCAUUCCAGAUCUCAAAAUGCAGCUGCUUUUCCUCUGGAAGUCUCUUCCUGCUGUCCCUCUGUUACGGUUGAACAUGCCGCCCUUCGGAGGAUAACCCAUCCAGUUUAAAUGAGUCUCAUCUUUGCUGGGGGGGGAACGGUGCUGGUCACCCCUGGAGCCAGUGUACCUCAGUCUGUGCUCCUGUACUGCUCCUCGGGAGCAAGGUGCAGUCCUGGGCAAAAAACCCCUCCGUAUGGCUUCACCCCCACUUCCCUGCAAACCUCUCAUCACAGCUCUGCUUAGCAGUGGUCUGGUAAACCACCGUAAAUUCGGUGGGCUUUAGCUCAUGGCUCUUGCGCCUUCUGUCCCCCACUCUCAGCCCUUCCAGAAAUCUCUUUGGUCAUGAGGGAUUUCAGGCUUGGAUGGAUCCCAACUCAGUUCACUUUGAAUUUUUUACUAGUGGUUUCUGUUAGCCUACAGCCUUGAGCUGCUUGUUCAGCCGGGCUUCUCUUGCCCACGUGGAUUUUUAAGAUCAAUGACUAAAUGACGGAGAUAAAUCAAGUUUCAUUCAGUUCUUGGCUGGCUUUUGAUGUAAUCAACUGACAUUAAAAUACCUGCAUAUCAAAACACAAUGCUGAUGUAACAGUGAAAAACAAAUUGCCUUCAGAGCUUGUGGGCGGAAAUGGCUCAGUAAGCUAGCCGUAAGCAUAUCCCACCCAGCCAGUGCUCUUCUUAAAUCUUUGAUGGAGAUGUCCAUGGCAGACAGCUGUCCAAACUAGUCAUUGAGAGGGCCAGAGAAGGAAACCUGCUGUAGGUUUGUACCAGCAAGAUGUCAGCAGGUUGGCCUUUUGUUGGGUUUGGGGGGGGUAUGUGUGUUGGUGUUUUGUGGGUGUUUUGGUUUUUUUUUUUUUUUUGUCAGCCUUAUAAAGUAGAACCUGCAUCUGUUGCAGUGUACUCGCAUUGGAAAUACUCCAGGUUUGGCAAACUGAUGGGGUAGAGCCUCUACACAGCCCUUUGUUUGUAUGCAUAUAUUUUUCAGCAGCAGUUUUGUAAUGUGCCUGGCUGUUCCAGCUGAUAAAUGGAAGUGUGUCUGUUUUGUGUAUCUGUACCUUGAUUAUGGUUACAAACCUUAAUUUUCUAUGCUGUUACACCUGCCUUAGUGCCUGUACAGGUAAAACAGAGUAGGCGAAUGAUGCUGGAAUCAAAGUUAUGUUCUUUGUAAUAUGUUCUUAUGGUUCUGGCCCGUAUUUGUACAGAAAAGGGGUCUUGUGAAGUUACUGUGUCAAAACCGAGGCCCGGCUGCUGGGGUUCAGGUUUCUGGGCUUCUUUAUGGCCAAAUGGGUGAUGGGAACCAGCUGAAUUACAUUUGUGUGAAGUACAGUCAAGGCUAAAAUGUAAUUCACAGUGGAAUUUUUCCAUGGAAAAGCUGGGUCAUUCUGUAUGCUGUAAGCAAGAAACAAAAAGAUGUUUUCAUGAAAUGUGUUUUUAUUUAAAAAGACUUUUUUUGGUGCCUGUAAUGAUCGCUGUAGCUAUUACCGUGUUGCUGUGUGCUAGAGAAAAUAAACCACUGGACCAAA